UCUCACCUCUCCAUCAUCACAGACAGAGCUAGCUAGCAUCACUCGCCUACGCUCCCUCAUGGCGGCCACCGGCACCAAGCAGCAGCAGCAGCAGCCGACGGCAGCACCGGCGGCGAACGUGGUGGAUCCCAAGUUCGAGUGGACGGAGAAGGAGCACAGCUACGUGCUCCGCAUCACCCUCACGGGCUUCAGGAAGGACAACUUCCGGGUGCAGGUGGACGGCACCGGGAGGCUCACCGUGCGAGGGGCGACCCCUCCGGGCGCCGGCGGCCCGGGCUCCGCCCUCCACAGGGUCUUCCAGCUGCCCGCAACCGCCAGCCUCGACGACAUCGCCGGCCGCUUCGAGGCCGGUGUGCUCACGCUCACCGUGCCCAAACGCGCCUCUGCCGGUGCCGGUGUGGCCACGGAGGACGGUGCCCCGCCGACGUCCACGAAGGAGGCUGCCAAGCCGGCGCCACCCGCGGAGGUGGGCGGCGCCAAGAAGAUGCCAAAGGAGGAGGGACUCAGCGCCAGGCAGAUGCUCGCCGAGGACGACAGCGGCAAGAAAAAAGAAACCGCCGCGGGCGCCGAGCCCAAGGAGAGCACGCUCAGCCGGACGACUCGGCAGGUCGCCGAGCACGUUAAGCGCAUGGAAGAGGAGGCCAACAGGCGCAAGCAAGAGGGAGAGAAGAAGCCAGCACCGGCGGCGAAGAAGGACCAAAACCCGAGGCCCAAGCCUCCUCAAGCUGCGGCGACACCCGAGGUGCCGGCACUGAAGCUAGAGCCUGCCGUCGGCGAGAAGGCCAAGGCGGCAGCUGACCGGGAGAGCCUGGCGGAGAGGGUUAGGCUGUGCGGCGACGGCGAGGAAAAGAGGGCCAAGGUUGCUGCUGCCAUGCCGGCAACCAUGGAAGAGAAAGCGGAGCGCGAGAAGGCGGCGGUGGCGGCAUCAUGCACCGCGUGGAAGGAGCGCAUCGCCCGGGAGCUCAAGGGGCUGACGGACAUGAAGUGGGCGGAUAGCGCGGUGGAGAUGGCGAGGAAGAACAAGGAGGUGGUCGCCGUCGGCGUCGCCGCCUUCUCUCUCGGCUUCUUCGUCUCCCAGAAGCUCUUCGGCAAGUGAGCAGGGAUGCAUACGAAUGAUGACUAUCUCACGUACACCAACAGUGGGUGCGUAAUAUGUACAGGCUACUAUUGUAUGAUUAAAAUGUACGUACACUGACUGAAACAAGUACUAUUUGUGUAA